AUGUAUCAAGACGUUUCAGUCAUUGGCAAAGACAAACACAGUAAGACAAAAAAAAUUCCGCCUAGGAUAAGAUCAAGAGGAAAUGGACUUAGACCGGCUUGCCAUUCUAUAGGGGACGGCUACGUUCGAGGUCGGACCUAAGGUAAAAAGUCUGACGAACAAUCCCUAACUAGCCAAGUGGACUUUGGAUGGGCUCUUUGGAAAACACAAAAAACAGCCACCUUUUCUCAGAAAGCAGAGAAUUAUCUCCUAGUCGUGUGCUGGGCAAGGGAGGAAACUAGCAAGGCAACCGCCUCUAAUGUGAUUUCCCAAAUAUCGAGAGAGUUUAAGAGACGACACCAGCCAGAAAUGUUGUCUAAGACUGACCGGUUGAUACAGCAGCAAAUCGCUCGAUACUUCAGCCGGUUAUCUGCCGUAACAAAAAUUGGUUCAUUGAUGAGGUCCCCCUCUGUAAAUAUGAAUGAGGACGGAGAGGCCGACGCCAAUGAUCUAGCUUCAGAAUUCGAAACUGACCGAACAAGGCAGAAGAUAAGGAGGGACCUUGCAAAAUUUAGACGAAGACUGCAGGAGAGGGUACAGCUGCUAUUAAGCUAA